AUGGAAAGGAAGCUUCAAUUGCAAGAACUUGAGGAGAUAUGCUUAAAGGCCUAUAAGAACUCCAAGAUUUACAAGGAAAAGGUGAAGAGGUUCCAUGAUUCUAGGAUUCUUAUUGAGAUUAAAAAUGAAGUUACCGGCAAAGUCUUCAAAAAGAAGAUAACCAAGCUUUUGCAAGCUGGAAUCAUUUAUCCUAUCUCCGACAGCCAAUGGGUGAGUCCCGUCCAGGUAGUCCCGAAAAAGACUGGCCUCACAGUGAUCAGAAAUGAGAAGGAGGAGCUGAUUCCUACUCGGGUGCAGAACAGUUGGAGAGUCUGCAUUGACUAUAGGAGGCUGAACCAGGUUACCAAAAAGGACCAUUUUCCCCUGCCAUUCAUUGACCAGAUGCUUGAACGCCUGGCAGGUAAAUCCCACUACUGUUUCCUUGAUGGUUUUCCUGGUUAUAUGCAAAUUACUAUUGCUCCUGAGGAUCAGGAAAAGACCACAUUCACCUGCCCCUUCGGCACUUUUGCUUAUAGGAGGAUGCCUUUCGGCCUGUGCAAUGCCCCUGGUACCUUCCAGCGGUGCAUGAUUAGUAUUUUCAGUGAUUUUUUAGAAAAUUGCAUAGAGGUGUUUAUGGAUGAUUUCACUGUAUAUGGAUCCUCUUUUGAUGGUUGUUUGAAUAGUUUGGAAAAAGUUUUGAAUAGAUGCAUUGAAACUAACCUUGUUCUAAAUUUUGAAAAAUGUCAUUUUAUGGUUGAGCAAGGUAUAGUUUUAGGCCACAUUAUUUCCAAUAAGGGCAUUGAAGUAGAUCCUGCAAAAAUUUUUGUUAUUUCACAAUUGCCUUACCCCUCUUGUGUGCGAGAGGUGCGAUCUUUUCUUGGUCAUGCAGGAUUCUACAGGCGCUUUAUAAGGGAUUUUAGCAAAGUAGCCCUUCCACUGUCCAACUUGUUGCAAAAGGAGGUAGAGUUUGACUUUAAUGACAGAUGCAAAGAGGCUUUUGAUUGCCUCAAAAGAGCGUUGACUACCACCCCCAUCAUCCAGGCACCCGAUUGGACAGCCCCUUUUGAGCUUAUGUGUGAUGCAUCAAAUUAUGCAUUGGGGGCUGUCCUUGCUCAGAAAAUUGAUAAAUUGCCCAGGGUGAUAUAUUAUGCUUCUAGGAUUCCUCCCUUAGCAUCUAAGGCCCAAAAAGAUAAGAUUAAAAGUGAUGCUAAGCAUUUUAUUUGGGAUGACCCCUACUUGUGGAAAUUAUGCAGUGAUCAGGUCAUUAGACGGUGCAUUCCAGAUCAUGAGACUGACUCAAUCUGCAGCACUUGUGAGCAGUGUCAGAGAGCAGGAAAUACACUUACAUGGCGACAACAAAUGCCUCAGCAACCUAUGCUAUUCUGUGAGGUGUUUGAUGUCUGGGGUAUAGAUUUCAUGGGUCCUUUUCCUGUCUCUUUUGGUUAUGUUUACAUUCUCCUUGCAGUUGAUUAUGUUUCAAAAUGGGUGGAAGCCAAGCCCACUAGAACUAAUGAUGCUAAAGUUGUCGCAGACUUUGUCAGGUCUAAUCUGUUUUGCAGGUUUGGAGUACCUAAAGCAAUUGUUAGUGAUCAAGGAACCCAUUUUUGCAACAGGACAAUGCAUGCCCUGCUUAAAAAGUACGGGGUGGUACACAGAGUAUCCACACCAUACCACCCCCAGACUAAUGGACAGGCAGAAAUUUCUAACAGGGAAAUCAAGAGAAUUCUAGAGAAGAUUGUGCAGCCAAGCAGGAAAGAUUGGAGUACCAGGCUUGAUGAUGCUCUCUGGGCACAUCGGACUGCCUACAAAGCACCCAUAGGAAUGUCUCCUUAUCGGGUUGUCUUUGGAAAGGCAUGUCAUCUUCCAGUGGAAAUUGAGCACAAAGCAUACUGGGCAGUGAAGACUUGCAACUUCUCUAUGGAUCAAGCUGGCGAGGAAAGGAAGUUGCAACUGAGUGAGUUAGAUGAAAUCCGCCUAGAAGCCUACGAGAAUGCCAAGUUCUACAAAGAAAAGACCAAGAAGUUCCAUGAUAGCAUGAUAGUUAAAAAAGACUUCGUGGUUGGGCAAAAAGUGUUAUUGUAUAAUUCUAGGCUUGGACUCAUGAGUGGUAAGUUGAGGUCUAAGUGGAUUGGUCCUUUUGUUGUUACUAAUGUUUUUCCUUAUGGUACAGUUGAGAUCGUAGUGUUUGGGCAUUGGGCGUGUGGUAAGCAGGCAGGCCUUGUGGCUGAUUUGGGGAUGGCUUUUGUGGAUGACUGGGUGGUGGGUAAUGAGAAGGGCUAA